GAUAUCUCCGACAUGAAGCAGUUGCUCGUCAUACCAAUCACCAUUACCCCUCGGUGCGGACUGGUCUUGCGCCCGGCGACAUCAUCAUGGCCUCUCGAAUCACCCUCUCGCUCUGGCCGACCAGCCUCGAUUGUGUUCGCUGGUCUCAAGACAAUCUCAUUGCAGUUGGCGGCGGAGAGCACAUUGCCAUCCUCAGCCCGGAUCUCAAAGAGUACGGUUGGCAAUACUGUACAUUUCGAGCCAACGAAUUUACUGCCGCUGAGAUCGCCCUGGCCGAUCCGUUGAGUUCCAGCAACUUCUCUCCAGGCGAGGAGAUCUCUAUGCGUCAUGUCCAUGCGCUUUCGUGGUCUCCGCCUGGCCUCUUGAGAUUUGGACGCUGUGGCCUGGCCGUUCUAAGUACGAAUCACGUGCUUUCUCUGUGGGGUUGUCAAGGUCGGCCCAAUGUUGAGACGAACUGGACACGGAGGCUCAUUGUCAACCACACUCUACGAGCGUUCUACUCUGCCCGCGAUCAAGAUCGUCUCGAGUCCGAAAGUCAACGAGCGGAGCGCAUUCAGGUCGCACAGCGGGUUCGCGCGUUUGCGUGGGCUGCGGCGACUCAGGACCAGAGUAGUAGACCUGUGGGAUCGGCCCCACAUGCCCAACAUUACCUACUCGCCGUGUCGACAGAGGCAGGCGAUAUCUUGAUCCUGCUUGUACGAUCGCCCUACAAUAUCGUGUUUCCCCAUCACAAAGACUGGGAUGUACAAGUUCUCGGAACGGUCCACCUGCGUGAAACAGAUUCUCAACCUCUGCAGAACGGACACACCGAGGAGGCUCUCCGAGGUACUGCUGAUUAUCUGGCGUGGGGUACAUGGACACAAGACGCAAAUGGACACACACAGACCGCACCUUUGGCUUACAUUGUCAAUGGUCAACUAUACUGUAUCAGCAUACUCCUGGACACCUCGUCUGGUGCGCCACAAGCAAGCAUCAAACGACAUUCCAAUGGCCUGCCUCUGCUGGACUCAGAAGUCAGCAUGAGAGGCGUACUUGGGUUCGUACCAGAUACCGACAUGCUGGUGGCAUUUGCCACAGACCGAGUCUUCUGCAUCGACGUUUCCCGGAAAAAUGAACACCCCGACGGCAUGACUUCGCACGAACUUGACGACCAGUGGGACGAGAUAUCUGGCUUGGCCUUCACUCAACCAACGAAAGGUUCGACAAAGGUCCAUAUUGCCACGCACUUGUCGAGUGCUUCGGCGAUCACAGCCAUGCUCGCCCUGCCUUUCCAAGACCACUCUGACCGUGUUCUUCCCGCGUGGCAGGACGAGGUGAACGAGACCAGGAGAGUCUUUGGCGCACGACACAGCAUCGGUCUCUUUGUCGCGGAACGAGUAUGGGGAAUUGCGAAUUCUCCCAUGAAAGACCACACCAUCACCGCAGUGACCAUGGUACCGUCGGAUUCCGUGGCCUACCUAACAGCCACGGAACAAAAGACGGUUCUCACAAUCAGCCGUGAGGUCGGACUAGAUCAGGGCGACGUCGUACAGUCAUAUUUGCGGCUGAAGCGCUCUGCACCUGUGACAUCAGAGACGAUACUGUUCAGUCUACAAAGAGAGGCUGAGUUUGACUCGGAUCGGGAAGGCAUCGAUCUGGCCAUUGAAGUGGCAAAGGAGAUGCUGACAGCGACCAACGGCCACUCAAUUCCUACUCCUUCUGGUGACAGCAUCGGGAGCGCUGUUCGCUAUAUUCGGCAUACUCUUUUCAUGGAGCCCGAUGUCAAAUGGGCAAGGCUUGAGUUGCUGAUCAGCAUCGCUUAUAACGAGCCUACCUAUGCUGGCUCGAUUACUGAGGUCGUCUUUACGAGAGCGGUCGAUACGGUCCUCAGCUUGCCCGACCAGUUCAGGACUGGGGGUCCCUUGAGCAAGAAAAUCCUUCGUGCCUACACUGACAUCAGUCAAAAGAUGCUGGCUCAGGCGGACACGUCGAAUGGAGCGGCUGCAGAAGAGUUCGAAGAGACGUGUGAGAUCUGCAACGACACGAUCACCCUGGAAAGCGUUCGAUGGGCUCGAUGUCGGAGUGGUCAUCAGUUCUCGCGAUGUGCGCUCACAUUCAUAGCGAUUCAACGACCUGGAAUCUCAAAGCAGUGUACGAUCUGCGGGACACAGUAUCUGAACGAGUGGAGUCUGCCGGAGCUGGGAGAUCCAAGCAAUCAGGGUGAAGUUGUGACGAUGGAUGAAGGCCAAGAAGAAGAGGACCCAGCAGCGAGUCUACCCGCAGCACCUGAACCACAGAGGGAUCAGGCUGAGCCAAUUGAAUCUCUGGCUCGUAUUAUCUUUGCAGCUGUCGACAAUUGUGUCCUUUGUGGAGGUGGGUUCGUGGCGUGAGGCUCACAUGCCGUGCAACGUGGAGAAGUGGUGCUCAAUUUCGCUGGAAUGUGAAUGCGAAUUUGUUGUGACGACCAAAGCCAAACCCCAAGCCGUCAUA